CCUGCAGAGCCAAAGAGAAGAAGAGCAGCAGGGCGAAAGUAAGACAACAAGUUGGAGAAAAAGAAACUUUGUACUCUGAUCAAGAUGUCCCAGGACCCCGCCUUCAUGGAGGCUAUCAGCAAACACAUGAGGGUCCCUGAGCGGCUGAGCGUUGGCCCUGGGCAGCAGUGGAGGAGGGAGGAAGAGGAGGAAGAGGCCACAAGGAGGGAGGAGGAGGUUCCACCUGUUCUCACUAUGCAGGUCCCUGAUAGGCUGACAUACACAGAAGCCCCUGAUAUGAGCCCCUCUCCUCUGUCCAAACUGACCGUGUGUGGACCCCUGAGUCUGGACCCCUGCUGGGAGAGUCCAUCAGGAGAGGUCUUUAUCAGAGAAGCACCUCAGAGUCCCAUUCGGAGAUCUUACAGUGAUCAGAGUUUCGGAAGAACGCCACCUGGCACACCAACAAGGCUCAGACAAAACCUGGCUGUGCCCAGACAUCACUCAAGCAUCAGUCGAGCUUCAAACCAUCCCCUCCUUCAGAGAUCAUCUCCCUCCACCCACACCAGUGACCCUGAUGCCCCAUCCCAGCCCUCCAGCCCCCUCAGCCUCUCGUCUCCUCAGUCCAUUCUGCAGAUGGCCAGGACUCUGGGCCUGCAGGCCUCACAGUGCCUCCUGCAGGCAGUCAGCCAGAAAUACAGGUUUAAAAACCAAGGGAAACCACCAGCAGCCAGGUUCAACGACGAGGUUCCUGUCUCAGCACAAAUGGAGAAGGUGGAGCUCAGCAGGAGAAGGUGACUGAAAACCAACGUUUGCUAUUCUCAGAAAA